AUGUCAGAAAGUGCCACAUACUUGAUCACUGGAGCGGGUCGCGGCCUCGGCCGCGGCCUCGCCGAGGCGAUCCUCCAACGGCCCAACACCACAGUCAUCGCCGCAACGCGCUCUCAAGGCCAGGCCUCCGAUUUGCUCAGCUUUCGCACCCACUCCGGAAGCAGACUAAUCACCAUCACAAUCGACAGCCGUUCCCCGAAGGACGCCUCGCUUGCAAUUGAGAAACUGGUCCACGAUCAUGGAGUGGAUACGAUCGACGUGGUAAUCGCCAACGCGGGCAUCAGCAAGGCCCCUACACCGGCUGCCGAGACACCAAUCGAAGACGUCCUCGACUGCUUCACUGUAAACGCCGUUGCGCCCUUGCUUCUAUUCCAGGCUACGUGGCGCCUAUUAGCGAGAUCGUCGACACCAAAGUUUGUCGUAAUCUCGAGUAUUGCCGGGAGUUUGGGCGAGGUCCCUCGGUAUGCCUCGCCUUGCGCGGCCUACGGCUCCUCCAAGGCCGCGGUCAACUUCAUGGUCCGCAGGAUCGGGAGCGAGAACGAGAAUCUAAUCGCCCUUGCUCUGCACCCAGGGUAA